GUGGGGCCUCUCCAUGUCCAUCGAAUAUGGCACAAAAAGUCAUACUCCUUCUCUGUUUAUGCCUAUGCUAAGUGCUGAAGGAAAGCGAAGCGGUGUGGAGUGAGUGAGACUGUGAGAGUGAGAGUGAGUGCGAGUGAGAGUGAGAGAUGGGUCUGCUUACAAACAAAGUAUUGAGACAUGAAAUCAAGCCUGGCGAUCACAUCUACACUUACAGAGCUGUUUUCGCUUACUCUCAUCAUGGGAUUUUUGUUGGGGGAAGCAAGGUUGUGCAUUUCAGACCUGCGCGAAACUUGAAGUCAAUCACCGAGGCAUCUUCAGACCUGGAUGAUCAAACAUCAGACCCAUGUCCAACCUUUCCUGAUUGCGGAUUCAGGCAGCCAAACAGUGGCGUGGUUCUUUCUUGCCUAGACUGCUUCCUUCGAAAUGGGUCCAUUUACUGUUUUGAGUAUGGUGUUUCACCAUCCGUUUUUCUUACCAAAAUACGGGGAGGCACAUGCACUACUGCAUUAUCUGAUCCACCAGAGACCGUGAUCCAUCGGGCAAUGUAUCUGCUUCAAAAUGGCUUUGGCAACUAUAAUGUGUUUCAAAACAAUUGUGAGGAUUUUGCUUUGUACUGCAGAACUGGCCUAUUGAUAGUGGAUAAGCAAGGGGUUGGAAGAAGUGGCCAAGCUUCUUCCAUUAUCGGUGCCCCGCUGGCUGCAAUGCUUUCUUCUCCACUCAAGUUGUUGAUGCCAAGUCCUGUUGGUGUGGCAACGGUAACAGCAGGAAUGUACUGCAUGAGCAGGUAUGCAACUGACAUUGGUGUAAGAAGUGAUGUGAUCAAGGUUGGAGUCGAAGACUUGGCCGUGAACUUGGGAUGGCAUUGCCCUGAUCCGAUGCAAGAGGAGGAGGAGGAGGAGGAGGAGGAGGUGGUGGAUCCUGGAGUGGAAACUUCAGACACACAGAUUACCACUGUCAGAUGACUUGGGCAUUUAUUCAUCCGUAUAUGCCUAGGUUAUGGGAUCUUCAUGUUAACCUUAGUUCUAUUGGUUUCUAGUUAUUCAACUUGUGCCUGGAGUGAUGUAACAAUAAUAUAAUAUUCAGUAUUAAUGAAGUAUAAAUCCGAUGUUUUCCUUU